AUGUUGGGGAGCCUAGACUGCAUGCAUUGGGGAUGGAAGAAUUGCCCCGUGGCUUGGCACGGCGCCUACACUCGAGGGGAUCAAGGCGAGCCAACAAUUAUAUUAGAGGCUGUUGCUUCACAAGAUUUGUGGAUCUGGCAUGCAUUCUUUGGAGUCGCUGGGUCCAACAACGACAUCAACGUGCUCCACCAGUCCACGCUAUUCAACGAUGUUUUAGCGGGGCAUGAAGUGGCUGUGCACUUCCUCGCCAACAAUUCUCACCACACUCGAGGAUACUACUUAACAGACGGCAUCUAUCCGGACUGGCCGGUGUUCGUGAAGAGCUUCCAGUUUCCGAACGAUGAGAAGAAGCGGAGGUUCAAGGUGAUGCAAGAAGCUGCAAGGAAGGAUGUGGAACGAGCUUUCAGUGUUCUUCAGGCUCGGUGGGAAUGUGGAAAUGCAAGUAAUUUUGACGGUGACGACGGCGAGGGACCAAGUUCUACUCCUCAAACACAAUUCAAUUCCGGAGCACCACCGGAGUUCGCCGCCUAUUUGGCACGGAAUGCAAGCUUGAAGGAUGCACGAUUGCAUGCUCGCAUCCGCGACGAUUUGGUUGAGCAUAUAUGGGCACGCUUUGGUCCGGUUGACCCGUAG